CGGCCGGCGGCAGGCGCCCUUGCUUGCGGCUCACUCAGUCAGCGUCUGACUACGGAGGUACGAGUGUCGUUCCGUUUUAGACCUUACGACGACUGUUCGCUAACCUUGCAACAAACAUCGCAUCUUUCGCGAUACAACGCUCGAUUAUACAUUGUAAACUUAUAAACUGUAAUUCGAUUAUACGCCUUUUCAUCUUAUUUCAUAAAACCGGCUCCGAACUUGACCUGUGAUUGUUUGUCCGAACUGUCAGUGCGCGUGUUGUGCUUUAUCGAUAACAUAACCUGUACGACUUCAAGGGCAUAGAAGACCAUUGGUAGUUUGUAGUGUUUGGAUGCGGUGUUGCAGAGCUUUGCGAACGGAUCUAUUCUAGAUGUUCUUGUAAAUGUAAGUGGGCGUAUUCGAAAGUUUGAAAAUCGAUCGGGUGACGUGCGUGCGUGGGAUUGCGUUUACGUAAUCUUUGUUUACCUUGGGAAUAUGCACUGUGUUGACUGCUUACUGUGAUUCCUGUCGUUUGACUUAUGCUACAACUCCUCUAAUGAACUCGUGACACGGGUCCUUGCCAACAUUGAAUUGAAGGCAAGCCUAUUACAGCAUCGUAGCUACUUGUAGACUGAAGACAAGAAAACAGCAGUAGCAGGUAUCUGGAAUGAUCCAAACUAACAAACAGCACUACCGGCCACCAGAUCGGAUGUCCAGGUCGUGGGCGUGAAAUGGCACGCGCGGGCAUGCUGCACAGGGGUGGUGGAAAAAAUGGAGCAGAAGGGUGCGACGAUGUGCAGCGGUCAUUGGAAUUGCUGGAUCAGGUGCUAAGCGAGUACGACGAAGGGGAGCCGAGGUCGCUGGAGGCGCGCGCGCCGCCUACUCCCGCCACACCCGCCACGCCGGCCACGCCAGCCACCGACGACGAUUCCCCACUUGCAGGACACACUUCCGAAGACGAUGGAUACAUGAGCAUGAACGGCAGACGGGCGAAGUUCGCGCUGGGUUUCCAUCCGACUGAGGAACACGAGGAACCUUCGCCACCGGAUCCGCCAUCACCGCAUUCGCCGCCGCCACCCGAAGAGGCGCAACGAAUCAUAUCCACGUUACUACCAAAAGUAUCGCCAGCGAAUUCUGCAAAACGAAAUCCAUCGUUUGAGCAGCAUGAUCCAGAGGGGAAAUUAGAUUCAAUUAUUAGUGUAAAUGGAAUCACCACAGCAACACAAACAACUUUUCCAAAAACCAGACAUCAACGUCCAUACGGCUGGGAAAAGGACAACGAUACAAACGGUUUCCACCUUCAGCAGCCGCCGGUACCCGCAUACCGGUUUGCGUCAUUACAGCACGGGGCGCGGCCACCGCAGCCUGACGGCGCCCUCGCUUGGCUACCUCCUAGACAUACUGCACCUCCCACUAAUCAGAAAAAAUCUCCUAGUAUCGAAAAUCCACCAGUUUUCCCUUUUAUGGGCUUUUCGAGCGAAUUUAAUGAUAAACCGUAUAAUGAACACCCAGUCACAAUUUAUCCCGGACCAAAUAUACAAUAUAAUAAACAAUUACAUUCGCCAACAUAUAACAUUCAGAAAAUAUCACCUUCCAAUACAAAAAGUUCCGAAAAAAAAGGCAAUAACAAACGCGACAGCAGAUCUGACGGAGAGAUACUGUCGCCGAAAGCCAGAAUACCUCCGCGGACUCUCGCCGGUUCUAUGGAGAGGCAUAGAGAAGUGUGUAGAGGAUCUUCGGAGGACAUUAUGGAGGGUAGCAGGAGGAGAAAUUCUGGUAGAAGCAACGACGACGAGCACUUCUCUGACGAUUCGCUAGAAGAGUCGUUCCCGCCGCCACCGCCUACAGUCACGACACCUUCGAAACGCAAUUCCAUAGCUUGGGAAGUGUCUCUCGAUGGUGACGAUCCUCUAUUAACUCCAGGAAGUACUAAGGUAAUUGGCAGACGAAGAAGAAAAUCUGGAGAUCAAUCACAUUCUAGUACGAGUUCUAUACCACAACGUUUGGAUGACGAUUGGGGCGACGACUACUGGCCACCUCCCCCGCCCCUUACACACUGUGAAUCUCUUGCUUCUCCUACUUCAGAUGUGGAGCCAGAUAGUAGACGUAACCAGGAUUUAGCAACUGGUACAUAUGUCAUACGAAAAGGCAAAAAUCGAAAACAAUUGCCGAAUUUCAAUAAAAAUAUAAGCAAGCCAUUAAACACAAGCAACUUAUUACAUAGUCACAGUUUAAACAGAAGUUUAGAUACUGACAAAUCAAUAGAUGGAUCAAGUAUAUCAAUCAGUGGGUCUGGAUCUGUAGGGUCAUAUAAUUCCAGACCGAGUUCAGAUCUAAGUCUACCUCAGUCACGAUACAGUGUAGAUUUAAAUUCACGGUUGAGUAGAGAACUCAAUACGCCCAACUCUAGAUAUAGUAUAGAUCUUUGUACUCCAAAUUCUAGACUGAGCAAAGAAAUGACAUCACCCAAAUCAAGACUUAGCUUAGAUCUCAACAACGGUCAAGAUAGAUAUAUAGUUCAGGAGUAUUUUGGUCAUAGCCCUAAAAGUAGAAAAACACCUAGUGAUAAAAGCGCGCAUUCUUCCAAAAGUAAUAUGGUCCAGAACAAAUUAUCUCCACAAAAUAGAUUUACUGAUUUCAAGAAGUAUUCUUCUACAUUUGAUAAUAUACAGUCAUUAAUUAAAGAAGGUAAAGUUGAGGAAACAUCUCAAGUGGAAUGUAAUGAAACUGUGAAUGAACUGACCACAGUGCCUCCUAAUAUGGUAAGAGUUGUUUCUUUGCCCAGUUUGGGUGCGGAGGGAGAGAGUAAUAGUGCCAAUCGUCAGGCACUUAUCACCACUGUUGAAGAAGAGGAGGACCAGGAAAGCGGAGAGCCAGAGUCUAGUGGUGAGACAUCGCCGCUCAGAAAGAUAGAAAACAAUAUUAGCGCUAUUCUAAGCCAGGGUCGGGACCAAAAACAUUUUACCCCAUACAUACCUAAAGACUGGAAUAUCCAUAAGGAUGAAUACUGUGAUGAUGUAUCUAAAGAUAUAUUAGAAAACAAUUUCCGUUAUAGUUCUAGAGAGAGACAAAAAAGAUAUGAUAUACAAAAGUCGUCAAGUCACAACGAGAUACAGAACCAAAGGUCAAUAGAAAGACGUGAUCGCUCUUCAGGGAGAAGAUCUAAUAGCAUGCAUAAAUCGACUAGUGCAAAGGAUGUACCAGUUAGUUUAAUUAGGCAACCAUCUUCAUCAGAUUCAGCUGUGUCAAGUGGUGGUGAUUUCCCAUUGAAUGUUCAAAUCGUGGAACAUUCAUACAGACAUCACCCACUACCGCCUUCACCGAAUUUGGGUCAUGAUAUGGGACCCUUGCCACAAACACCUGAAUCCCCAAAAUUUCCCCCACUUCCACCUUCGCCAGUACAAGAAGUGGAGGAUGAAUAUACAGAAAUAAUACAACCUACAGAAAAACGACAUGUUAAGAAAGCUGAUACCUUACCAACACCAACCAUGGAAUGCAGAAGGAGGCCUUCUGAACCACCAGCAAUUCCGCCACAUCGUGAUACUACAAACAGCCUCAAGACGAGAUCUAUGGAAACGAGUUAUAACAAAAAUAGAAGAAGUAGCAAUUUCAAAACCGGUUCUACAGAUAGAAGGACAUUACCUACAGAUAUAGGAGCAAGUGGAGCUAGAAGACGCACAUUACAACGGCAGAGCAGAGAAGCGGCAGCAGCUGGUCGUGGUCCAUUGCAAACGUCCGCGAGCUUGCCCGAGACGCCGGUGUUCGCGCGAGGCUGCGAUGUACCUCGCACACCGCCCAGAAACUCCACGGGACCUCCCAGAAACAACACAAUGAACUCUAUACAAUCCAUUGGUAGCAGUGUGACACUAGGCGGGUACGGCAGAGGUUCGAUAAUGGGCGCCGCGGCGGGCGGCGUGUGCACUGGCGCGGACCUCCUGCGGCUCGGCGGGCCGCCGCGCGGCUGGUACCCGCGACAGCGGCAUCGACCGGCUUCAAUCGAGCACCUGGACAGACUAACCGCAUCUAAGAUGUCAUCAGAACAACCUCCACAGUGGGAGGGGUCUGGUGCCCGGAAGCCCCUAACGUUGCCUCCCAAUUUGACCCCUAAGUUCUUCCAGAAGUCACCUAGAGAGGCACUCCGCAGGGUCACUAGCUUACUAAUACGGAAAGGGAACAACAACGGGAAAGAGAAAGAAAAUUCCCGAAGCAAGGAGGCAACAUCACCAGCUGCCCGGUCUGCCAACGGCGAGGAGCAUCCAGGACAGAAGCAACGCAAAGGGUUUUUCAGAAGCCUCUGGAAAAAAUCUCGCCAUUAUUCAUUAGAACAUCCGUGAAAGAAAAAUAGCAUAAACGUAACGAAAUGAGCUUUCGUCUACGUAUAUUGGGUCAUUAUUAUGAAACAAAGUUACUGGCCAAUUUUUAACGAUGGAGACAGUAGGCAUAGAAUACAGUAUAUACCUUGAUACAUAGUUUUACAGUAUGGGAAUUUUAAGUCUUUGAUUCCCAUGAUUUGCACCAAAUUUAUACAUACAAAUACCCAUUUGAUACUGUAAUUUCGUCUUGUUCGAUCGAUUUAAUGUAAUAAAAUUAGAAAUGUAUUUAUAUUACAAAUAGUUUAUAACGUGGUUAUAAAAUGUUUCUAUAAGAUUGGAGUCAGAUGAGAAAGCCUAAUUUGUUACGAUGCCUACUUGUUCUUAAAUGCUUGCAUGUUCGUUUCAGUAAACGUACCCUAGUUUUAAAAGUAAUGUUGGCGUAAAGUCACGUGUUAUUUUAAGUUAAAAUUUGUAUAGUGGUAUAUUACUUUGUCUUAUCAAUGGUUACUAUAUUGAUGCAUAAUUUAUUUAUAACUAUUUAUAAGGUACUUAUGUAUUGCAAUCACAACUAAAUAUUUACUUUCGUAUAAAUAUUAUAGAAGUGUAGAAAUGUAGAUAACCAUGUAGUAAGUACAGUUAAUUUUUUUUAAACUUACCUUCUCGGCCAAUUUCUGGUGGGUUUAUGCAAUCACACUAUAGUAAGAGAUUCACAUGUGCAUUUGUAUUCAUAACUAAAUCCAUCAGAAUAUUUUGUUUAUUUAUGGUGUAGGAAAUUAGAUACCAUGAAAUACGAUCCUCGUAUGUUGUAAUUUUAAAGAACCAAGAUCACUUGAUAGGCUAUUGCUACAAGUUUUAACAUUUUAUACCAAUCCUUGUAUUCGAGUGUACUUAACUCUUAUUAUAGAUUUUUUCAAAAGAAAAAUAAAUUAUGUUCAUUAGCAAUAAAA